UCAAAACAAAGUUCAACUCCAGCAACAGCAAAUCGAUUCCCAACGAUGUCGUUCCGCCCGGAGACCGCGCUCGUGGCACCGGAAAGCGGCUCGCAGUUCAGUUUUCCCUUCCCCCCGUACGACAUCCAGCUGGACCUGAUGCGGUCACUGUACACGGUCGUCGAACGUGGCCAGGUAGGGAUCUUCGAAAGCCCCACCGGGACCGGCAAGAGCCUUACGCUAACCUGUGGCGUGCUGAGCUGGCUGCGGGACCACGAGGCGCUGGUGGAGCGAGAGUUGGCCGAGCGGAUUGAGGCGUUGCGGGGUGAGAUUGGUCGGUUGGAGCGGGAGACGGCUGGGGCGGUGGAUUGGAUUAGUGGGCAGUUUGAGACGAUUGGGAUUAAGAAGCAGCUGGGGGAGUUGAGGGGGGUCAAGGAUUUGAGGGACGAGUAUUAUAAGCGGUUGGAUGAGCUGAGGGAGAAGCGGGUUGAGUUUAAGAAACGGUUCAGGAAGAAAACUGCGGAGAACUUGCUGGAAAGUGAUGGUAAAGUUGAUGUUGAAAAUGGUAACGAUGAUUUUUUGGUGGAGGAAUCGGAUGACGAUCAGGAUGUGGCAGCCGAGGAAGAAGACCGGUUGAGGUAUCAACCGGUGCAGGUGAUAUUUUGCUCUAGGACGCAUUCCCAGCUGAGUCAGGUGGUGAACGAGGUUCGCAGGACAGAGUUUGGCAAGCAGAUAAGACUGACGAUGAUUGCUUCGAGACAGAACCUUUGCAUCAAUCAAGAAGUUAGGAAGCUUAAGUCUAACACAUUAGUUAACGAGCGCUGCUUGGAAAUGCAGAAGAACUCUGGUAAGGCCACCUGUAAGGAUGAGGACGGGAAUGUCAGCAAGAAACGGAAGGUUGGUUCUUCAGCUCAAAAAUGUCCCUUUUACAAUCGGGAGGCGAUUGAGGAGCUAAAAAAUAACUCCCUCUUCGAGGUGCAAGACAUCGAAGAACUUGUCAGCUUUGCGAAGCAGGAAAAAGCUUGUCCGUACUACGCCUCACGUGCCGCAGUCGGUGACACGCAGCUGCUGAUGGUUCCGUACCAAAAUCUGCUCCACCGGAAAACUCGCGAGCAAACGGGACUCGAUAUCAAAAACGCCGUCAUCAUCAUCGAUGAGGCGCACAACUUGCUGGACACGAUUUCGAGCAUCCACAGCCAGGAGGUGUCGUUGGAGUGCUUGCAGCAGGCUCGGCUGCAGCUGACCGCGUACAAAAAGCAGUACUUUCAACGAUUCUCGACAAAGAACCUGCUCAAGAUCAACCAGCUAUUGUUCAUCGCCACCAGACUGUGCAAAAUGUUGGAGGUCGCGCCGGGGACGGAUUCUAGAAUGAUUCAAACGCACGAAUUGAUGACCGAGGGGGACUUCUUCAACCUCAACCUGCAGGAGAUAGUUCAGUUUGCGGAGAAGAGUCGCAUCGCGCAAAAGGUGCACGGCUUUGCGCAGUCCGUUCCGCAGUCUGUCCUGUUGGCGGGCGAGAAGAAGCGGCCUGCUCCGCAGGAGAAUAAGUCGGUUGCGCUGAAGAGCUUCCUGAAGCAGCUGGAAAAGGUUGCCGCUGAUAAGGGCAAGAAAAAGCCGGCUGAGCGUGAAGCUGACGAGAGCGAGAAUCAAAAUCCUGAGGUGAAAAGGGAACCGGUCGUGAACGCGAUUCGUCCGCUGUUGGCCUUUAUCGAGAGUCUUGCGGAGAGCUUCGACGAUGGACGAGUUUUGCUCACCUACAAUGGGACCGAUCCGAAGCGGGCGAGCAUGAAGUAUCUGCUACUGAAUCCGGGGGCGAGAUUCGGGGACAUUCUCAGCAGCUGUCGUUCGAUCAUUCUGGCCGGUGGAACCAUGCAUCCCAUAGACGAACUCACUGAGCAACUUUUCAAGGAUUGCGCCGAACGAGUGCAGAUACGGAGCUACCGACACGUUGUCCCGGCUGACGCCGUCCUCCCGUUGGCCAUCGGCAAAGGUCCAUCCGGAAAGGAACUUCUCUUCAAUUACGCUAAUCGACAGAACAAGGAGCAGCUAAACGAGCUAACCUCGGUCCUCGCCAACCUGUGCCAAGUCGUCCCGCACGGAAUCGUUUGCUUCUUCGCCUCGUACGACUAUUUGGAUCAAUUCUACGCCACCAUCCAGACGAACGGUCGCCUCGAUCGCAUCGCCGAGCGCAAGCGCGUCUUCCGUGAGCCCCGCGGAACCACAAACGUGGACAGCAUCCUGGCCGAGUACGCGCAAGCGGCCCGCCGUGCCGGUGCCCUCAUGUUGAGCGUCGUCGGAGGAAAGCUAAGCGAGGGACUGAACUUUGCCGACGAGCUCGGACGGUGCGUGGUCGUGGUAGGGCUUCCCUACCCGAAUCGAACCAGCCCGGAACUGGCCGAGCGGAUGCGGUACCUGGAUCGGACGCUAAAGCCGCCGGCCGGGAACGAAUACUACGAGAAUCUGUGCAUGAAGGCGGUCAAUCAGUGCAUUGGACGGGCUGUCAGACACAUCCGGGAUUACGCGAGUGUGGUGCUGCUGGAUGCGAGGUAUGGGACCAGCGAACGGAUACGGAAGAAGCUUCCGGUGUGGAUUUCGGAUGGGCUGCAGUGCACCGAGCGGUACGGGCAAGCGCACGGAAGUUUGGUGAAGUUUUUCAAGGGAAAGGCAAAUCACGAUGCGAUUAAUAAAUAAA